AUGAAUAUUGAUAGUAGUCCAAGUUUGUUUCAGGAAAUAUCUGAGACGCCUCCUCUCUCUAUCGUGCCACUGUGCUCAGGAAAAUCUUUCUCAGACACUCAAGAUAGAAGUACUACGGUGAACAACUCCAGCUAUCAAGCUGAGAUUAAUGGUGAUUCUCUCGAUGGAAGCGAUAUACCCUAUUCGCAGGAGCAGGAUUUUGCAGCGGCUGGCAGUGGAUCCUCAGGAGAUAGCACGUCGUCCUGCACGGGAGAGGUUGAAGCCACUGUUACCCCUGCUGAACUUCAGCAGUUACAACCUUUGCGUUCAUUUAUAAGCAACAACGCUAAUAUAAACUCUGAUGCUGGCGCACUUUGUGAGGACUUAUGGAGUGGUAUAUUUCAUGACUACGAUGAAGAAAGAUGUGCUUUAGGAGCUUUACACGCACCAACAAGUACUGUGGACGCACAUAUGUCUGGUGGAGACAUAACCGAGGAUCUCCUGGAGGAAAGGGCAGUUAAUCAUCAGGAGGGGGGGCUUCAAGAUUGGACAUACGAAAGCCCGUUUGCAGAAGUAGAGGUGAUUGUGGAUGAAGUGGACUCCGUGUUAGAAGACCGUUUUAUUACUGAAGCGAAUUCCAUUCUAGAUAAUGUUCUAGAAGAGGUUAACAGCCGGGAGAGCGCCUGCCCGCACGAAACUAUGGACUCCAUGACUGUUUCGUCCAGAAACGACUGCAGUACACCUCGCCAAGUGAAGCCUUUGUCGAGGCUGUCUGUUUUGAGAACAUUUAUACUGGACAGUCUGCUGGAGAAGCUCAAAGCCGUCGCCAAUAGGGCUCUUCACAGCCGAGGUCAAAAGCUCACAACAGUUCAAGAGUUACUAGGACUUUUGGUAUUGCACGUUCUCUGUGCAUCGUACAACGAGGGACCUUCUGUUGUCUGUGGCGCUAAAAUGAGCGACUUUUUCUUUCAUAUGGGACUUUCUGCAGCACGCUACCGACAGGUGUGGUCGGCCUUGACGGGUUGUAGGGAGAAGCGCACUGCAGUUGACUAUUCAACUACUGGGUGGUGUCGGACUGCUUCACGGACAACAUCACUAAUAACAGAUAUUGAGUCUGAGGUGGCUGCUGUCAAUAGAGAAUUACUGUACAUACCGGGGGCCACAGUGCUCUCGUUAGACGAUGACCACCUUCGCAUGGCUUCUAGAGCUGUUAGUUCCCUGUCGUUCCUGCAGCAACAUAACAAUCCCAAAAAGGGAUUGGGGCCGGUAGGCAAUACUCUUGGUUCCGCUCUGACUUCAGUAUUCUUUGCAUGUCAAUUUACUAGAAGGGGGGAAAAGCUUCUUCAUACCUGGGAGCGCUUGGCGCAGUUAUUACAAGGCGCAUCCAUCACCGGUGCUCUAAAACCGAUGGCCGAUGCAAUAUUUGCCGCUGACCGUGGCUAUAAUACGAAGGAGACGCUCAACUUCGUCAGUAAGACAUUGGGAGCUAGUCUACUGGGAACACACAAACGAGAUAUGACGUACCCUUUCGUGUUCGGGAGUGGCGCUAUAACCCGGCGGUCUAAGGGAAUGGUUGUGUCGGAAAAAGGGUGUCGGGCUGUGUACGUUGCAACUUUGAAGUCAAACCUGUCUGUGCGUCGCAGUGGAAGAGAGCUCGAAGCCUGCCUGUAUCGGGAAAGUUGCUCCGGACGUAUUGCUGCAAUGAUACACAACAACAGAAGGCUUUUUAAAUCACGCAGCUUUACGAUUGUUCCUCACAGCAGGUUCAGGGGGCAAGAGCCGCUUUCUGUGCUGGCAGAGGAGCAAGUCAUAUUCGAUGCAGACAGGAGGGUGGCUCUGCCACAAGGAGAACAGUCAGCUAAAGUUCUGAACACGCCGGGUUCUAACCAAGUCGACCAAGCACUGGCUCGGAUCAAGAUACUUACAUUUCACCAGUCAGAAGACCCGGUGUGGUUUCUCCUCCGAGCAUUCAGAUUUACAUCCCGAACGGGCCACUCCUUUUUGGCAACAGUAACUCGUGACUUUGAAAACCAUGUAUCGUCGCUGGCAUGGGCUUUAAGAGGCAAGCAAUUAGCAGUAGGAAGUGACACACUGCCGCAAGAUCACAGCUCAUGUGAGCAGCUAUUAAGGGUUAAAUGGGAAUGUGUCUGCAAAUUAUUUGGCAUGCGACUCGGUGCAGAGCCGCAACCAUCAGAACGGCGCGACCUUGCCCUGCGUCUGGAACGCUACUCGCGAAGCAGAAUUAAUUUAUUCAACAGGAAUGACCUGCAGCAGAUGCUCGGUGGCUUCGCUCGGGGGUUGAGUGGGGCCCCAAGCAAAACAGUGCUAGUCAAUGCCGUCUUGCAGCUACAGGCUGAUAUCGGAGCAGGGACUGUAGAAUUAGACGAUGAUGGGGCUGAUAGUGUCUCCCUAUCAGCGUCCUUGACGGAACGUGCAUCUAAACUCCUACAGAAACUUAGAGAGGCUUCAUUACAUGCGUGGGUAAUGAAGCCCCUCGUUUCUACAGCUGGAAUGAAGGAGGGGUCGCGAAAUGAGAUCGAGGUUCUGAAAGCAAUUCCUUCUUUCCUUUCUAAGACACGUGGAGCAUAUGCUCAUACGAGAGGAGUGUUUAAUGCAGUUGAAUACGCCCAUUCGGACAUAAGGAAAAUUGUGAUACGUCAUAUUCGGUCGGUUGGGCUCGUGGAAAGCAAGAGUAGUACUAUGAUAGCUGACAGCCCGGAUGGUAUCCUGGCAUGCAAGAAUGAAAUAGAGGAGUCCUUUGUCUGCGCAGCAGAAAUUAAGACAAUGACUGCUCUUACGACAGUGAGCGAAGCCACGCAUUUAAGGGAGCAAUUUGGACCGUUGACUAUCCUUUCUGAUGUAGGUUCCUGCGGGGCUGCAGAUGAGCUCUUCAGAACUUUAAUACCAUCAACCCAAUACCGGGCGCAGUGUCUGCAUCAUGCUGCCACGUUAGGAUUGAAGCAUGUGUUGUUCAUUGUGGCAAGUAGUGGCAGUGUUACACACGGGCAAAUUAUCUACGGCUGUUUGAUACAGUUCUCGGAAUACAUUAGACAUAGCUACACAUUCACUUUGGACUCAGUGCUAUCAAUGGGGUUUGGUUGGGUGGGAAGGGAGCCUAAAUAUAUACCAAGAGAGUACGACGCAUUGCUUAAAGAGUCACACGCCUCUGACAUCAAUAGCUUUGCGUCGUACUACAGUCUAAGUACGGGUAUACGGAGAUUAAUUGACAAGGAUGGAAGACCCAUGCCGCCAGCUAGAAUGAUACGGUUGACCCCAGCGGUCUUCUGGAAUCAUUUAAAAGGUGGUGUCGAUGUAAUUUCCCGGUACCUUAAGACGCUGGCGAGAUCAAAUAUAUCAGAGAACCCGGUGACUAGCAUCAUUGCCAGGCUUUUGGUGAUGCAAGUUAACAAUGCAGCUUUAUGCUUUAGACUAUUUAAAGCUCGGGAGUUGGGCAAGCUUCCCGCUACGAUCCCGAUGGAAAACAAAAAAGGAUAUUCGAAGACAAGACAUACCGUGACCGAAUGUGAAACAUUUGGCACAUACGCACGUCUACUGGCAAGGGAGUGGAGAGAAUGGCGUAACACAGAGCAGCAGGAGAGAACAGAAGCACAAUCAGUUGGACGACAUCUAACACCCUACUUUUCUAGAGGUGCCGCCGACAGGUACAACCAUGGCGUGCACCAGGAAAGAAGACUGAGCAGGUCUUUAGACCACAAGCCGGUGGUUGGCCAGUCCACCUAUUGCGUACUUUGUAGUUGGACACUGCGCAUCGUAAGAAAUGGAAAAACAGUAACAAAAAGAAAGGGGGCGAAACAGAUACAGUGGUGCUCUGUGUGCCUUCAGGCUGUAUGCAAAGGUUGUUGGCAAACGUGGCACACAGACGAAGUAUUACGAAGGUUGUCUCCGUCUGCAGAAGAAGUUAGAGAAUUCAACCAGAAUAGAAGAAGCAAGCGUCGUAGAAUGACAUAA